GUCAGACUCGGGACGGAAGAACGAGUCCGUUCGCCACCAUCAAAAAGGCUCGCCCACUUGAUUUAAAAUUUCCUUUCCUUUGCCUUUCAGGAAAAGUAAACUAAACCUUAUCUGAAAUCAUUUCGACAUUUGUAGAACCCAAGCAUAUAUUGGACCCACACUGGAAGCGACUUUUGAUUUCAUUUUGAUCCAGAGCAAACAAAGAGUCUCGGAGCUUGAAUGCUCGGACUGGAAUUUUCAUGGCGAUCGGAGUGCUGUUUUUUCUGUCUGUCUUCGCGGGUUUUCUCUGCGCGGACUCUGAGUACAUCGCCUACAACACCUCUCAGAGGAUAGUUCCUGGAAAAAUUAAUGUCCAUUUGGUACCGCACACGCAUGAUGACGUCGGAUGGUUGAAGACAGUCGAUCAGUACUACGUUGGUUCUAACAAUUCCAUUCAGGUGGCAUGCGUUCAGAAUGUAUUGGAUUCCCUAAUUCCAGCUUUACUGGCCGACAAGAAUCGGAAAUUCAUUUAUGUUGAACAGGCAUUUUUCCAACGUUGGUGGAGGGACCAAAGUGAGGCAGUCCAGAGUAUAGUCAAGCAGCUCAUCAGCUCGGGUCAACUAGAGCUCAUAAAUGGUGGGAUGUGCAUGCAUGAUGAGGCAACAACUCAUUACAUUGACAUGAUUGAUCAGACAACUCUGGGGCAUCGAUUUAUCAAGCAGGAAUUUGGUGUGACUCCUAGAAUUGGUUGGCAAAUCGAUCCCUUUGGACACUCUGCAGUGCAAGCUUACUUGUUGGGUGCAGAGGUUGGAUUUGACUCUCUUUUCUUUGCUCGGAUUGAUUAUCAAGACAGAUCUAAGAGAAGUAAUGAAAAGAGUCUUGAGUUUGUUUGGCAGGGUUCAAAGACUCUUGGUUCAUCUGCACAGAUUUUUGCUGGUGCAUUCCAUGCGGGUAAUUAUGAACCUCCCAGUGGAUUUUACUUUGAAAUUAAUGAUGAUUCACCUAUUGUUCAGGAUGACAUCAAUUUGUUUGAUUACAAUGUACAAGAGCGAGUCAAUGACUUUGUAGCUGCUGCAAUAGUGCAGGCUAACAAAACUCGCACAAAUCAUAUAAUGUGGACCAUGGGAACAGAUUUCAAGUAUCAAUAUGCACAUACCUGGUUCCGGCAGAUGGACAAACUUAUUCAUUAUGUCAAUAAGGAUGGCCGUGUUAAUGCUCUCUAUUCAACCCCAUCGAUUUACACUGAUGCAAAAUAUGCAACAAAUGAAUCUUGGCCAAUAAAGACAGAUGACUUCUUCCCAUAUGCAGAUCGUGCAAAUGCUUACUGGACAGGAUACUUUACCAGCAGACCAGCCAUUAAACGCUAUGUCAGAAUGCUAAGUGGUUACUACCUGGCUGCAAAACAAUUGGAAUUUUUUGUGGGUAGGAACAAUCUAGGGCCCAAAACAGACACACUAGCUGAUGCUUUGGCCAUUGCUCAGCAUCAUGAUGCAGUUACUGGCACAGAAAAGCAACAUGUGGCGAAUGAUUAUGCAAAACGACUAUCAAUGGGUUAUGAGGAGGCUAAGGAGUUGGUUGCAUCUUCACUUGCCUGCUUGGCAAAUUCAAAACUAAUUACUGGAUGCGGAAAAUCAACAGCUAAGUUAGAACAGUGUCCUCUUCUGAAUAUUAGUUAUUGUCCUCCAUCAGAAGCUGAUUUGUCGCAUGGCAAAAGCUUGGUUGUUAUUAUCUACAAUUCUCUUGGGUGGAAGAGAGAGGAUGUUGUCCGGAUUCCUGUUAUUGGUGAAUCAAUUACUGUUAAAGAUUCCAAUGGAAGAGAAAUUGAAUUCCAACUAUUGCCUAUAGUCAAUACCUCUGUGAACAUAAGAAAUUACCAUGUUAAAGCGUACUUGGGUAAAUACCCAAGUGAUACACCUAAAUAUUGGCUUGCUUUUUCUGCAUCUGUACCAGCUCUUGGUUUCAGCACUUAUAUUGUGUCAAGUGCCAAACGGACAGGUGCCAGUUCAACCAUAUCAACACCAUCUUCAUUUGGAGAUGAAAAUGGUACCAUAGAAGUGGGACAAGGGAAUUUAAAGCUUAUUUACUCUAUAGAUGAAGGCAAACUUACUCAGUAUGUUAACACACGAAGCCUGGUCAAGGCACCAUUAGAGCAAUCAUUCAGCUUUUACACUGGAUACAAUGGAACUGACAAAGAUCCUCAGGCUUCUGGAGCCUAUGUCUUCCGCCCAAAUGGUACAUUUCCAAUAAAAUCUAAUGGACAGGUUCCUUUGACUGUUUUUAGGGGACAAUUAUUGGAUGAAGUGCAUCAACAAGUCAAUCAGUGGAUAUAUCAGAUCACCAGGGUGUACAAGGGAAAGGAGCAUGCUGAAGUUGAAUUCACUGUUGGCCCUAUACCUGUUGAUGAUGGCAUCGGAAAAGAGAUUGUAACUCAAAUUAAAACUACCAUGAAGACCAAUAAAACAUUUUACACAGAUUCCAAUGGUCGUGACUUUAUUAGAAGGAUUCGGGACUACAGAACAGAUUGGGACCUGCAAGUGAACCAACCUGUUGCUGGAAAUUAUUACCCAAUUAACCUUGGAAUUUACAUACAAGAUAACAUGACUGAGCUCUCAGUUUUGGUAGAUAGAUCAGUGGGUGGAUCCAGCAUAGUGGAUGGAGAAAUAGAGUUGAUGCUUCAUAGGAGGUUGCUUCAUGAUGAUUCUAGAGGUGUUGCAGAGUCACUAGAUGAAAAAAUUUGUCUCCUAGAUGAAUGCAGAGGACUAGUGAUCCAAGGAAAUUAUUAUCUGAGAAUUGAUCCUUUGGGAGAGGGUGCUAAAUGGCGUCGUUCAGCUGGACAAGAGAUAUAUUCCCCGUUUCUUUUAGCAUUCACAGAGCAGGAUGGAGAUAACUGGAUAGGUUCUCAUCCAUCAAGUUUUUCAGGGAUGGAUCCCUCUUAUACUUUACCUGAUAAUGUUGCAAUGAUAACUCUCCAGGAGAUUGAAAGUGGAAAGGUUCUUCUUCGGUUGGCACAUCUAUAUGAGAUUGGAGAGGACAAGGACCUUUCAGUAAUGGCUACUGUCGAUCUUAAAAAGCUAUUCCCUGAUAAAAAGAUCAGCAAAGUAACAGAGAUGAACUUAUCUGCCAAUCAAGAAAGAGCAGAAAUGGAGAAGAAGAGACUGGUUUGGAAAGUAGAAGAUGGUCCCAAGCAGGAGCCCAAGGUGCUGAGAGGAGAACCUAUUGAUCCUGUAAAGCUAGUGAUGCAGCUUGGACCAAUGGAAAUCCGUACCUUCAUUGUUGAUUUUGAUCAAAACUUUUUAUCCCAAAUGCAUGAUCUCUGAAAUGUAAGAAAAGCCACGUUGCUUUCUUCCUAGAUCCAGAAAGCAAUUUCCAUGUGUGCCCAAAUGUCUUUCAGGCUUCUUUGCAGUUGUAUGCAAUUCCAUCUCUAUUUUGUAGCUGAAUUGACUUGUUAACUUAUCCCAUCUUAUGGAACCUUCAAUAGCAAAAUUCAUGCGAGUGGGUCUAGAGCUUGGAA